AUGGCGAAUCAAGAGACUCACUAUGGCUUCGACGAAGGCGGAGAUGACGACCAAUCCAUUGUGUCGACGCGCGGACUCGAGGCUUUCAGUCGAAAGGUUACAACUACAGCUACUCAUUUGAUCGGUCCCAAUGCCGAAGCCACGGCUCAUCACUACCAAGCCGCCAUGGCCGAGGUUCACAAGCAAAUGAAGCGACCGACGGUGCAGCGAAGCAUGUUCGCGAUGGCAAGGACAACCCCCACAGACCUCAUGCGCUCCAGGCUAUCAACCCACGAAAUUCAGCAUCGCGCCUUGACGUUCUUGCCCGAUGACCUUCUCGCCAAUAUUCCCGAGCAUGAAAACCCGUAUUCGUUAUUUCAGGGCUUCCAGGCCAGUUUUCCGGAACUGACUGACGAAGGCAAGAAGUUCCAGCGGCGGGUUUCUCGUGGUCGCAAAAUGUUGGAGGAUUCAGAAGGGACACCGGGAAGCCCCAAAAAGCUGACGCAGUUGAAAAAAGAGAAAGCCGCCAUGAUGCAUGAAUUUGGGUUGUUGGGCACUCGCAAGAGUAUGGCAAGUUACGAAAUUCGAGAAAUCGACAACAAAAUCGCAAAUCUCCACGGCAUGCGAAGGAUUAUCCUAGACAGGCUGGCGGGGUUGGAACAGGAUGAAGCUAUGCUGGAGCACGAUAUUUCCGAGAUGGAAAUUCGGGUUGACGAGGCCCAGGUGCUGGUUGAUGAGGCUGAGGAACUCGAACGAAACACACGGACCCAGGAUGAGCAAGAUCUAGUUGGCGAUGCCGAUGAUCACGAUCCAGAAUUCAUGUCUCAGUCUGUAUACGAAAAGAUCCCCGCCUCAGAAGCCAGCAGCACGCCCCGGAAAACGAAAAAGGUCCACCGUAAGAAGUCAAUGCCUAUACUUCAUGAGCAUUUCGAGCCUGGCACCGCUAUUCGCGAGCUCCGGGCACACAAGGACACGAUCACGGCUAUUGAUUUCGACGCUCCGUUUGGCACCAUGGUUACCGCUGCUCUCGAUGACACAGUUCGAGUUUGGGAUCUUAACGCUGGUAGAUGUAUGGGUUAUAUGGAAGGUCACACUGCAUCAGUACGCGCUUUGCAAGUCGAAGAUAACAUCCUCGCAACGGGCUCUGUGGACGCAACCAUCCGGCUCUGGGAUCUCAGCAAAGCGCACUACGACCCCCAUGGCGGCCUUGGAAAAGACGACGAUGAGGACGCCAUUGCUUUCGGAACGGAUAACCACCUUGAGCCCCCACCGGGCAGCAUGGCUGAUUGCCCACUGUACACCUUGGAAUCACAUGUUGACGAAAUCACGGCUCUUCACUUCAGAGGUGAUGUUAUGGUUUCCGGCUCUGCAGAUAAGACGAUUCGCCAUUGGGAUCUUGAAAAGGGUCGUUGCGUGCAAACAUUGGAUGUUAUGUGGGCAGCCGCCGCAAGUAUGACAACGACAGACAGCACAUGGCGACCUACGGGGCGAUCUCAAAGCAGCUCAGCCGACUUUGUUGGCGCUUUGCAAGUUUUCGAGACGGCCCUUGCAUGCGGUACCGCAGACGGCAUGGUGCGUUUAUGGGAUCUUCGAAGCGGACAGGUUCAUCGCAGCCUGGUAGGACAUACCGGCGCAGUAACAUGUCUUCAGUUCGAUGACGUGCACCUGGUAACUGGAAGCGUGGACAGAAGUAUUAGAAUUUGGGAUCUUCGAACAGGGUCUAUUUACGACGCAUACGCAUACGAUAACCCUGUCACAGACAUGAUGUUCGAUGCUCGACGAAUUGUCAGCGCUGCAGGCGAGGACGUUGUCAAGGUGUACGAUAAGGUUGAGGGACGACAAUGGGAAUGCGGCGCUGGCAUCACAGCAGCUGAGGAGGGCAAGACUCCAGCCAUCGUGGAGCGUGUACGUGUUAGAGACGGGUAUCUUGUUGAGGGCAGACGAGACGGUAUCGUUGGUGUAUGGACAAGCUAA